UAUAGGUGUGGUGGACACUCACCCUCCAUCCUGUCACUUCAAAUGAAGUUUGUACGCACUGAGAGCCACACCCUGAUCCGUGCAGUGAAAAGCAGCCCUCGUCUACUGUGCCGUUUCCAACCACACACACAAUGAGGAGAGGCAACUGAGAACUCAGAGACUCGACAGUGCAGACGGAUCCCAAGAGAGCGGUCACAGCAAUGGCACCUGGACACGGAGGGCUGGGUUUGCUUCUUCGGAUUGGUGGGCUGAUGGCAGUGGCGGGUUCCGUUGCGACGUACCCAUGCACCAGCGGCCCCGUCGACGAAGCUGCCGUGUGUGCCCCAGUGCAAAGCGUCAGCGAAGAGACACUCCUGAAAAUCGCCAGGGGCGAAAGUUCUCCCUGCAGUAUCGCUUUUGGCCAAUAUGCAUGUGCGGAGAGCGCUUGGCUUCAGGUUUUCAAGGAUGAUUUCCUUGCGUCCUUGCAUUCUUGCCUCAGCUCCAUACCCAUCAGUCCUAUGGAUUACACAUAUUCCAUUUUGUUCUUUUCCAAACUCCAAACCAAUCUACUUGCAGCUGCCCUGGAGAGUUUCGGUAACCCGGUCUCUCGCGGGCCUCUUUCACAGGAGUGGAACGUGAUUUUCUUCAGUGGCAUAUGGGAGAAACUGCUGCAAUUGCCUGAGGCCACCAGCCCCUCUGUGUUAGCCCAAUGGCUCCCCAAGAGACUUCAGCCAUUUGUGGUCAACCCAAAGGUCUUCACUUGUCUGCGGACCAAAAACACCUCCUGUGAACGAUUUCACAAGCUAGUUGCUUCCCUGAAUGGCAUCUAUCCCAACCUCACAGCGGAAGACCAGAAGAAUAUUUACAAAGGGCUCAAAUAUUAUCUCAAAGGGGAUGGAUCAAAACCGAAUUGCUACAAUGCCCCUCUUCCAAGCCAGAGCACCACUGCUUGGUUUGCGAAUUACCUGGGUUCCUAUCUGGAGCAUGCAAUAGUGGGAGACCUCCAGCUCUUUGCUGAUAAGCGAACUCUUCAGACAUUUGCCCGAGAUCCAGUCAACUUACAGCUGGUCAGUAACCUCAGUUUACCCAGGGAGACGGCUGUGUACUACACCUCAUUGCUUACCUCUGCACCCAGCUUCCAGCUGGCAAGCCUCCCCGACAGGUUGGUUUGCUACCUCAGCCCCUCUGCAGUGAGUGGCCUUGACAGACAGGACGCUUUACGUUUGGCUCAGAGGAUCACUAAAAACUGUGUGUCGAGUUGGAUUCGCAUAGGCACCCGCGAGGAGGGGCCGGCCCCAUCUCUGACAACUGAGGAGCGACAGGUUGCGUCCUUGUUGGUGAACAAAUUCGACCGCUUCCCUCCCGACACCCUGAAUGCCCUGGGGCAGGCUGCCGUCGGGCUGUCCCUGUCGCAGCUCGAGAAUGGCGUCAGCAACGGAGACCUCCACGCGUCGCUUCCGUCCCUGAGCCGCGUUCACGGCUGGGACGCUGAACAAGCCCGCACUCUCGUUAGCAAACUGCUCGGCUCUGGCUACCAGAUCUCGGACGGCCGGAGCCUGGCAGCGCUGGGGAGUCUGGUGGCCGGCGUCAGCAGCAGCAGCCUUCAGAGUCUGCCUCCGGAUGCCAUCUUGGAAGCGGUUCGGAUCCCUGGGUUCGUGGCGCAGCUCGAGGCCGCGCCCGCUGCCCUGAAAAUGGCCCUGGUGGAAAAGAUUGCUUCAGCAGCCGGGAGCCCCGUCAGCCUGGUGAAACACAUCCCAAACAGUCUGGCUAUUUACAUUCCAAAAUCACGGCUGGCCUUUGGGGACGAAAAGCCCGAUGUUCAAGAGCUCAACCAGAAGUUGUGGAGCAGGGAACAAGCUGCCAUGUUUUUCAACGAUGUGCUAAAGGUGGAGUCUAACUUCAGCAGACUAUCCCCAUCUGUGCUCCAAGGCUUCACCUGCGCGGCCGCCAAUGAGAUGGAAACGGAGCGAUUUCAGCAGCUUGCUCAAGCCAUGAAGCAGAAGAACGUCAAGCUAGGCGAAGACCAGCUAAGUUGUUUGGUUAAGAGAGUGACCCUCAACGGCAUUCCCAAGGAUUUGGAUGACUAUCCUAAAGACAUGCUGCUCUUUUUAAGUCCUUCGGAUUACGCAGGGACAGGAAGCUGUCAACAGUACGUCAGGAACGUUGGGGAAGCAAACAUUGACCUUCUACAGAGAGAUUCCCCACAGCGGAAACAGCUGCUAUCGGACGCCUUAGCUUGUUUGAACAUUCCUGACACUGGCGUGAGUGAAGAACAUGCAGAGGUUCUGGGUCACCUGGUUUGUGACCUUGGUGAAGAAUACAUCAGAAGUUCCGGUGGGAGUUUGCUGCUGCAGUUAAAUCAGUGUCAGUCCUUCACACCCGGUCAAGAAGAGGCUAUUAGAGAUGUCAUCAGAAAUGGAAGCACUCCGUUUGGGCCUCCUUCAAAAUGGUCAGCUUCUACCCUGCACGAGCUCCGUGGACUGUUCCACAUAUUUGAUCGGAGUAUCUUGCAAAAGAUCCCUCAGGCCGUGUUAACCCCUUGGCUGAAAAGCUUUGUGCAUGAUCUGCCUUUGCCCAGGGAGCAGCUGGCUGCCAUGGUUCAAAACCUCCUGCCCUCCAGGAGGAAGCGCGCUGCUGAGUGCCCGCCGGACAAGAACAUCACCGAGGCAGUGGUGAUGGAUGAGCUCAUGCCCAUCUACUACACCCCGGAGGAAUUACAGGCCUGCUUGCAGGGGGUCACCCUGGUGGAGCACCUGGCCCAAAUGUCGCACUACCCCUUCACCGACCAGCAGUUGGCCGUGCUGAAGAAGAAGCUGGAUGAGCUGUAUCCCAACGGGUACCCUGACAAGGUCAUCCGCAACCUCGGGGCCAUCGCCUCCCUGGUCACCUUCGACGAAAUUAAAAAAUGGAACCUCACCUCCGCGGACACACUCGCCUUCCUGCCGAGCAACGAGCCGCCCAACGACCAGGCGGCUUUCAUCAUCACAAAAUACAUCAGCCUGGGAAACCCGCUGAACGUCACGGCUCUGAACGCCAUCGGCACGCGAUACAUAUGCCUUCUGACGGAGCCCCAGUUGCAAAUGAUAGACCCCGACACCCUCAAAAGGGCCAACUCGCUGGACCCGUCCGCCUGUCCUCAGGCUACCAAAGACAUCCUGUACCCCAAAGCGAAGCAAGCGUUCGCCGACAAGCGCAGCCAGCUCCCGGCGUAUUACCUAGUGCUAGACACGGGCAUGAUGAGUUAG